AUGACUCACUGGGAAUGCAAUAAUUACCUUAAGCCAAGUAUCAACCAAGAUGGAGACCUGAUCCUGGGUGGUUUUCUCCAUCUCUACUACCCAGAACCAGAAAGCAAAAAGGUCCAGAUGUCUUUUUUACACGGUCCCCAGUAUAAAACUGUUGUGUCUUGGUGGCUGUGGAAGAACUACCAAUACGUGCUGGCCUUCUUCUUUGCCAUCCAGGAGAUCAAUAAGGACUCCCAGCUCCUCCCCAACCUGACCCUUGGUUUCAAAUUCUUCAAUGCCUUUGCCAGUGAACAGUACACCUUAUUGAGCAUAGUAUAUUGGUUGAUUGGGAUUAAUGUGCCUUUCCCUAACUACACCUGCCAUACACAAGGGAGACACAUUGCUGUCAUUGCUGGAACCACAUCAGCAUUGUCUGUUGAGUUUGGAACGCUUUUGGAGCUCUACAAAAACCCACAGCUCACCUAUGGCCCUUUUGAUCCCAUGCUAAAUGAUAAAGAUCAGUUUCCCUCACUCUAUCAGAUGGCAACCAGUGACAGCUCUUUGGGCCAUGGAAUGAUCUACUUGUUGCUGCAUUUUGGCUGGACUUGGGUGGUGCUCUUUGUGUCUGAUGACAUGAAAGGAGAGCAGUUCCUUCAGUACUUUGAAGCAGCAAUGCUCAAGAAAGGUAUCUGUGUGGCCUUUACAGUUAAGCUCCCUGUCACAAAGAAGUUGUGUGGGUAUAGUGAUCUCACUUUCAUGAGUAGCAUCAGAGUUUCAUCUGCAAAUGUGCAUAUACUCUAUGGUGAUGUAAGUGGUCUCAUCAGUGUGGACAUUUCAGUGCAGUCCUUUGUAACUGUCGGGAAAGUGUGGAUCAUGACAUCAAAGUGGGAUCUUGUUAUGUCUGAGACAAACCACAUGCUGCAUUUUUUGCAUGGAGGCUUCUCAUUUUCACCCCACAAGGAAGAAAUCCCAGGCCUCAAACAUUUUGUCAAGACAGCAAACCCUUCCCACUACCCAGAAGACUUUUAUUUCAGUAAAUUAUGGCUUUUCCAUCUGCACUGCUCACUUGAAGGAUCAUUCUGUGGACAUAUUGGAAGCUGCCCACCAAAUACCUCCUUAGAGUUUCUUCCAGGACAUAUUGACUUGCUGACCAUAUCUGACUCCAGCUAUUUAGUUUACAAUGCUGUCUACACAGUGGCCCACGUCCUCCAUAAAAUGAUUUUGGAGAAAGUAGAAAUGGGAUCUCCAGGAGAAGCAAUACAGCCUAUGAUUCUUCCCUGGCAGCUCCAUCAAUUUCUGAGGAAAAUCCAAUUUACAAACAGCGCUGGAGAUAAAGUAUCCUUCCAUGAAACAAGAAACCACAUGGCGCAUUAUGAUAUCCAGAGCGUUGUGAAUUUUCCUAGUGGUCUUCGUUUGCUUACUAAAAUUGGAGAGUUUUCCUCCAAGAGUCCACAUGAACAAAGCUUACUUUUCAAUGAAGAGAUGAUAGAAUGGCCUGUCACAUUCAAAGUGACCCCUCAAUCUGUGUGUAGCCAGAGCUGUGGUCCUGGAUUCAGGAAAAUGUCACAGGAAGGAAGACCUAUCUGCUGCUAUACUUGUGUUUUGUGUCCAGAGAAAGAAAUUGCCAAUCAGACAGAUGCAAAGCAGUGCAUCCCAUGUGAAGAUCACGAAUACCCAAACCAGGAUAGAAGUCGCUGCCUCCCUAAGUUGAUGACAUUCUUGGCCUUUGAGGAAUCUCUGGGGAUGGCUCUGGCCUGCAUGGCUCUGUGCUUCUCUGUCCUCACAGCUGCCGUCCUCUGGGUCUUUGUGAAGCACCAAGACACUCCCAUCAUCAAGGCCAAUAACAGGCCCCUCAGCUACAUCCUGCUCAUCACCCUCCUCCUUUGCUUCCUCUGCUCCUUACUCUUCCUUGGCCGUCCCAACACAGCCACCUGCCUCCUCCGGCAAAUAGCAUUUGGCCUUGUGUCCACAGUGGCUGUUUCUACUGGGCUGGCCAAGACCAUCACUGUGAUUCUGGCCUUCAAGGUUACAAAACCUGGCAGACCUGUCAGGCGAUUGUUGAUAUCAGGAGUUUCUAACUCUGUCAUUCCCAUCUGCUUCCUCCUCCAACUGAUUCUCUGUAGCAUCUGGUUGGGAACUUCUCCUCCCUUCAUUGAGUUAGAUACACACUCUGAGCCUGGCCACAUCAUCCUGGUGUGCAAUAAGGGCUCGGUCACUGCCUUCUACUGUGUCCUUGGCUACCUGGGUUCCUUGGCCCUGGCCAGCUUCACUGUGGCUUUCCUAGCCAGGAAUCUGCCUGACACGUUCAAUGAAGCCAAGUUCCUGACGUUCAGCAUGCUGGUGUUCUGCAGUGUCUGGGUGACCUUCCUGCCUGUCUACCACAGCACCAAGGGGAAGGUCAUGGUAGCUGUGGAAGUCUUCUCCAUCUUGGCCUCCAGUGCGGGGCUCCUGGGCUGCAUCUUUGUCCCCAAGUGCUACGUUAUUCUCAUAAGACCUGAGAUGAACUCUUUGAAAGGCUUAAAGGAUAAAGGCAAGUUCUAA